CGAUAACGAAAAGCGAGGUUGGCAGACGUAAAACACCUGUGACGAUUAUUAGUUCAAUGGAACGUGGAAGGGAUAACAUGGCCACCGCCUGGUGACGUUCGUUCGCCGUCGCCGUCGCGAUAUCAAAUGGUCUCAAAAACAGCUGGUGAACAUUUAUCAGUGUAAGUUCCGUAGUUUUUACACGGAAAACACGUAUUAUAUUCAGUGAGGAGUAUAAAAUACAAUGAUGAACAUGUGGAAAGUGCGGGAGUUAAUGGACAAGGCGACCAAUGUAGUUAUGAACUACACAGAAACAGAGGCCAAAGUUCGGGAAGCAACAAAUGAUGAUGCUUGGGGUCCAACUGGGGCAAUGAUGCAAGAACUGGCUCAGGCUACAUUCACAUAUCAGCGAUUUCCCGAGGUAAUGUCCAUGUUGUGGAAAAGGAUGUUGCAAGAAAAUAAACGAAAUUGGCGUCGAACAUACAAGUCUCUUCUGCUACUGAAUUAUUUAGUACGCAAUGGAUCAGAACGAGUAGUCACAUCAUCUAGAGAACAUAUUUAUGACCUCAAGUCUUUAGAAAAUUAUACUUGUAUUGAUGAAUUUGGAAAAGAUCAAGGGAUAAAUAUUAGGCACAAAGUUAGAGAAUUAAUUGAUUUUAUUCAAGAUGAUGACAAAUUAAGAGAAGAAAGGAAAAAAGCUAAGAAAAAUAAAGAUAAAUAUGUAGGUUUAUCAAGUGAAGCAAUGAGUGUGAGAUUUGGUGGAGGGGAUAGAUGGACAGAUAGACUAAAGUGGGAUAAAACUAAUACAGAUACUUACAAUGAUUGGGAUCGAGAUAGUAGAGGAAAAGGUUUCGAGGAUACAAAUAAUAGUGAUGAUGGCGAGAGAGAAGACUCCGAUAAUGAUGUUCAUCCCAGCCCAAAAAGGGGAGGAAGGGAAUAUAGAGAUACAAUGGAUAGUAUAGAUCGUGUUAGUAAAACUACAACAUCUACAACUUCAACAAAUGCUUCACCAGCAAGAAUGACAAGAACUAUUAAAAAAGUAGACUUAGGAGCCGCUGCAAAUUAUGGAAGAGAACAAUCCAAUAAUGGUAUAUCUGGAUCACAAAAUAACUCUUUAUCUGGUAAACAGAAGAAUAAAAAUGACAUUUUAAAUGAUAUUUUUGAUUCUCAAAAUGAAAAUAAUAUCAAAUCAAUUGAUGAUGAUGAUUUUAACCCAAGAGCAAAUACUCAACCUAGUGUACAAACUCAAAAUGCAAAUGCAGAAUUUGGAGAUUUUACUAGUGCAUUUGCUAGUCCUACAGUAAAAACGAAAGAUAGUAAUGAUGAAUUUGCGGAUUUUACAUCAGCUUUCAACUCUUCUAUUACAAUAUCUAAUUCCCCUGUGCAGCCACAAGCAAAUUUAAUGGGCGCAAUAAUACCAAAUAUUAAUAGUUCGAUAACAGAUAAUGUAAAUAAUGCAGUGUUUAUUAAUGCCCAAUCAUUAAACAUCUCUUCUUUUACAAAUGUAACUCCUACAAAUACACUUCCUCAAAACCCUAGUAUGAGUAGUAAUGUAUUUGAUACUUUGCAACCACAAGUACUCAAUAAUCAGCAAUUACAGAAUAACAAUGCAGCGCCUUCAAACACAGAUCUUUUAACAGACUUAAAUAACUUAAAUUCUUUGACUACUGGCUCCAUGGAUAGGCGAGUAAAUAAUAUCAACAACACUAAUCUGUUUAUAAAUAUGAGUUCUACACCUGCCACAGCUAGCCAUGGAGCAACCAAGAUGGAAAAAAUCAUCACUUCAGCUGAAAAUCUUUCAAAACAUGCUGCAAAUCGGCUUUUGGAAGAAUUGUGUUCCAUGGGUCCUAUCAAAAGUUAUAAUAGCUUGGAAAAAUUGAAAUCAUAUAUUUCUGAAUAUAUUAAAUUUUUACCAGGCCCACUCACUCCACAAAACUAUUGUAACCUUGAUUUUAAUCCAGAAAUCGAUUCUAUGUUACAUGGAAAAAUUUUAGAAGAAAUUAUUGAAAAAUUUGAUUAUAAUUGGCCUUUACAAGAUAAUAUUUUAGACUCGACACUUAAGCAAUUGAUGAUUAUCGAUGGUGCAACAUUGCCGAUAUUAGCUGAAUCUUUAACUGCCUUAAUCUUUGCUCUGAAAGAAACAGAUGAUGAAAGGAAAAUUUUUACCAUUUCAAUAAUUUUGGAACAAUUAGUGAAAAGUGAAUCUUUGUUUUCUGCAAUAGUAAAUACAUGUAAAUAUCAAAAUCAGAACAUAGUGCAAGAAGAAGAACUUGACGAAACAUGGCGAAAUACAGUGCAAAUUUUAAUAUCGUUACCUAAUCGCAUAGCUAAUAAAUUAAAAAAUAAGACAUUUGACAGUUUUCUUCCUCAAACGUAUCUUAAAAUUAUAAGCUUUCAUGUUGCUCAUGCAAUAUGUUUCAUAAACAUUGGACUACAUUAUAAUAUUAAAGUAGAACUAAAAUUGCUUUCAUUUUUAAUCAGUAAGUUAGUGAUUACUACAAAAUCAGAGAAUUUAUUACCAUUUACUAAUAUUUUAGCAGAAUGGUGUUUUGAAAAUAAAAAUAAUGAUCGAGAUUUAAUUCAGAAUAUAUUAAAUAAUUUAGAUAUGUCAAGUAUAGAACCAGUAGCUGUACUAUUUUUGAAAUAUUGCAAUGUAAAUCUUGGAGUAUAUCCAAUUUUUGGCAAUAUAAUAUUAAAUUCGAAUUGGAAAUAUAUAUUAACAAUGAAAAUUCCUUUAAUGUGUUAUUAUAAUAAUGACAAUUUAGUAAUAAAUUUGAUUUCAUAUUUAGCGCAAUUUUUAAAUGAAAAUCAUAUUUUGAUUGAUUUAUUAACGAAACUUCUAGAUGUAUGGGCUGAUAAAAGUGCUUUAAAUCAUACCUCUGUUGAACAACAUAAAUACAUUACAAAAUUAAUAAUUAGCUGCAUAAAAAAAAUAAAAAAGUAUUUAAAUCGAGAUGAAAGAGAUAAUAUUCAAAGGUUACUUUUCUCUGGAAUAUCUGUUCAUCUCGAAUCUACGCAUAUUCUUUUAAGAGCAAUAGGAAUGUCUGUUGGGGAAAUUUUCGUUGACGAAUUAUCUGAAUCAGACAAUGUGCCAAAGCUUUCGUUUGAAUACAAUAGUAUGCCUGGUGAAGUAAUAGAUUUAGUACAAUCAUUAAAAAAAUUAACUCUAGAAACAAACAACUCAGAAAAAAGAGAAGAUAUUAAAGAAGAUGAUUUAAUUAUUGAAGACAUUGAAUUUAAUACAUUGGGAGAUAAAAAACUGUACGAAUUGGGUAUCCAAUGUAAUCUUUUACCCAAGAAAAAUGUAAAAGCAAAAGUUGAUAAUAAAUAUGAGCAAAUCUUAGUUAUGGCUAAUUCAAGGAAAUCAACUGUAUUAGAUAAACAAACUUUAAAAGAUAAUGACACAAAUAAAAACAAUAUCGAAAAUGAUUCAGAAUUAGAUAGCGACGAUGAUUUAGUACCAUAUGAUAUGUCCCAUGAUACGAAAACUAGUGAAAAGUUGCGACCAGCAUACUUGCGAGAUUUGCGUGAUAAUUUAGUAAAUGAAAAAAGUUCUACAAACCCAGAUAUUUUUUCAGAGUCUUUAGAAGUUUGCGAGGAACUGAUAUUGUCUCAAUUACCUGGCGACGAUGUGUCUUUCGCAAUUGAAUUAUUAGAACUUCUCGUAACGCUUAAGGAAUCUUGUUAUGUAGAAAAUUUUGAAGUAUUAACAUUCAAGAGUUGUGUAGCCAUAGUAACUGUUUAUCCUAAAGAAUGUGCCGAAUUUUUAUCUAGACAGUUUUACUUGGAAGUAGAUAAAUAUUCUAUAAGUCAACGAUUAUUUUUUCUUGAUAUAUUAGCAGAAUCGGCAAGACAAUUAUCGAGUAUACCAAUUCACGAAAAUAAAGAAGACGUAAAUAACGAUUUUAGAAUAAAACAACGGACAAAAGAAAUUUCAAACAAAGUAUCACUUUUCAUUAAUACUGAGAGAAAUCAACAAUACAAGGUAUUAUAUAGUGAUGAAUUUGAUGAAUUUGAAAAAGAGAAGGAACAAAUAGAAAAUUGGCGGGAAAUUGUUGAUAAGAGAAUUGCAUCAAAUACAAAAAGAUACGCACAUAGUACAAAAGUUUCUAAAACAUUUAAAAAUAAAUUUGGAAAUGUUGCAUCUUCGUUCUUUUAUCCAUUACUUUAUAGUUUUGGAAAGCAAGGCAGUUGUUUAAAUAGUGGAUUACAAAUUUUCACAGACCAAGAAAAUAUUUUAUUAAUUCGAUUUUUGGAAACUUUAUCUACUAUAAUGAUAGCAGCACAGAAUUGUUUACUCGUUUCUAAAAUGGGAAAAGAAGUCUUGGAAUUAUCAUGGGUUCUAAGAUAUCAUGAUCAAGCAAAAGUUAGAAUAGCAGUGAUACAAAAUAUUGCAUCUGUUAUUAUUGCAGUGCCAAAAGAUAUGAUUAUAAAUGAAUUAUUUGAAACUAUUAUUGAAAUAAGGCUAUGGCUUUUAGAUUUAUCUCAAAAUGUAAUUAGUGGAGAUCAUGACAAAGAAUGCAGAAGCUUAGGUGCUGGAGUAGUAUCCUUGAUUGACUCCAUUAUAAGUUCAACAUUCAGUACAUAAUUGUUAAUAAGAUUUAGAUAUAUCUAUAAAAACAUUUUUAA